AUGUUCGCCACUGUCAUUGUUUUUAAUUGGAUUGAGGACUUUGUGAUGACGCAGAGGACGAAAAUCUUCUCAGGAGAAAACCAGACUUGGAGGUCGGCCUGCUGGGAGCUGGGAAGGCGGCUUCGAGGGGUUUACUUUACGUAUUUGGCCAACUUUUCGAGCAAAGAUAAUGACUUGACGCUGAUUUUUCUACUUGAAUCGAUACCGAGUCCCGAGGGAAUCCACUGCCUAAAUUCGCGCUCUUUUACACGUGAUACUCACAAGAUUCCUAGCGGCAUCUCUGAUAUCGUGCUGAGACGCUCUGAGUGCUGCGAUCACAUCACUGACGGGUAUGCGGACAAGCUGGUGGUUGCGACUACUCGCUCGACGCCAGCCAUAUGCAGCGACACCGGACAUCAAAUGGGCUAUAUUCGCGUAGGAAGCGGUCUACUGCUGCUAGACGUGGAGAAGAGGGGAGAGAUUCGCUUCUCGCCGAGUCGACGGAAUACUGCACUAGGUCAUACAAAGCAGCUGUGUUCUAUCCACGCGCGUAAGAGUUGGCGCGGUCAGCAUUACACGACCUGCGAAGCCAAAUGGAGCACUCUAUCCAUUUAUUUCUUCAAAGAGAUGGUGCAGAAAAUAGAGAAAAGAAAGGGUCGAGACAAGGCUGAUGAGGAGAAUAGACCAAGAAUACGGGAGAAUCAAGGAGGAAAAUCCAGAGGUUCAAAUCGCCUAACACGGGAGCUGCGUGCUCUCACAGACUUGAGGCAUUUCGAAUCUAAAGAAGAACCUGUAUCUCGAACGCGCCGUACUCGUCCUGGAAACUCUGCAAAUGAAUCUACUAAGCUCUCGAUAGCAUCGAACCCCUCUGAUCCUAUCAAUUAUCCCAGUGGUCGCCCGAAUUCUCUCUCCGCAUCCUGUAUUUCCCUCCGGAAUUCAAACACCAUCAAUCAUCUAUCCCCUACUGUUCCUCCCAUAACUCGUGAUGAACCCCCUCUGCCAAAACGACAAAUAAAUUACAGCCCAGAUAAUGAUCCGGAUGUCCCUAGA